CCCCCCCCCCCCCCCCACAGCAGCUUGCAGGGGCUGGACUGACUGAGCGAGUGAGUGAGCGAGCGAGAGAGAGAGGGAGACAGAGCCAUGCCUGCUGCUGGAGUCGGUGUUGCUGCGUCACUGCUGGCAGCGCUGCUGCUGCUGGGCCUGCUGAGCGGCCGAGCGCGGAGCCAGGCGGAGACAGAUCCCGACUUCUCCCUCUGCCGCCGCAGCUUCUACCAGGAGACGCCCCCCCGGGGAGCCGCCCAGGCAGCGGACGGCGCCGAGCUCGUCCAGCGCUGCCACAGCCUGCCCGGGGGACGGAGCUUCGCCUCGCUCUACAACUCCACCUGUGGGGCCAGCGUCUACUCCGCCUUCUGCCUGAGUCAGGAGAACAACUGGGGAGAGCAGGCGGCCGACACACAGGCUGCAGAUGAUGGGGAGGGCUCCCGUGCGGAGAGUCCACCUGACUCUGAGGUGCUCGUGCCCGCUCUCCUGGGAGGAGGUGGGGCCCAGAUCGAGGGGAACGCGGCGGCGAACCCUUCCCGCUCGGCGUGGGACGCGCUCGUCUCCAGGCUGGUGAGGGAGGUCGCGGUGCCCAAGUGCGCCGCUGGCGCCCCUGAGGGAGCCGAUCUGUUCGUGCUGACCGGAGCCGCUGGGCUGAGCGAGGGGGAGGACGGAGGCUGCCGGGCAGGCGCGCUGUGGUCAGCCGUGUGCUGCGUCUCCGGAGGGGAGGAGAGCGGAGUGUUCAGCAUGGGGCUGGUGAAGGGGAGCGGGGAGGAGGAGGAGGAGAGGGUGCUGAGCGUCCAGGAGCUGGCAGAGGUCACCGGGGUCGCCGCAGUCUUCACUGGGUUCUGUGGGGAGGUGGACAGCGACAGCGAAGUGGUGGAGCUCCUCCUCGAGAAACUGGACAGCUUGAGAAAGGAGGCAGAAUCAGAGGCAGGGGCCUCAGUAGAUGCGGACGGAGAGCUGGCAGGUUCAGUCAGUGAGACGGGUGACACAGGAAGUGAUGACGUCCCAGAGGUCACCCAGGAGGAAGUGAUGUCAUCCAGUCAAAGUGAGGCUCAAGGCAGCGCAGUGCCUUCAGAUGACACCGUGAAGCUUCAGGAGGCUUUGGAGAUGGAGAAUGAAACCCAGAGCUCGGGCUCCUUCGUGGGCGGAGCACUGAUGUACCUCCUCUCCUCCUCCGUGUCCCUCCUCUACGCCCCUGUCCGUCCAGUCGUCUCCACCUUGACCGCUCUGCCCGGGCAGGUGACCCACGUCCUGGGUGAGGAGCUGGCCGUGCUGUCCACUGUGCCCUGCGGCACCUUCUCGCUCUUCCAGAACAUGGUGUGCGACGCAUGGGGCGGGGUGUCGACCGCCGUCGGCCUGGUGACCGGCGUGGGAGAGCUGUGCUUCUCGGGGAUCUACUCCUGCUCCUCGCUGCUGGUGGGGAGCCUGUACGGCGCCUGCUACGACGGGGUGGCCGGCGUGGGUCAGCUGGCCGCGGACAGCGUGGGCAUUUUCGGAGGCGCCCUGGACAACGCGUGGUCCGUGUCCAAGUUCUUCGGGGAAACGGCGUGGGACUACGGCGGGGGCUACGUGGGCACAGUUGUGUCCGAGCUGGGCCACCAGGUGAAGACGGUGGGCCACGGCCUGGGCAAGCUGGUCUGGAGAGUGGGCAGAGGACUGGGCAACGUGGUGGGGAUAGCCGGCGGACUGGCCGGAGGCACCGUGGGCUCGGUAAUAGAAAAUGUGAACGAGGCCUUUGGAGCAGAGUGAGAGUGUGUAUAUGUCCAUGUGAUGUGUGUCCAUGAGUGUGUGUUUGUGUGAAUGAGGCAUUUUAGAGGAAGAAAAAGCCAUGGCCUUGGGGGGUACCAACGUUGUGUUAUUGCUCUGUGCAUGGAAAUAACAGCUUAAUUGGCAUGGCAGAAAACAAACAAUGAAGCUUAUAUGGUGUGUGGUGAUCCCUUAAAGCUGCUUCAUGCGAUUUUAGCACACCACGCCUUGCCAACCUUUACCAGACUUACUACCAGCACAGGAUUCCACCCCUCCUUUUAGCAUACUAUGUACAUGCAAAUGAAUUGGAUUCUAGGAAUUGUGGAUGUUUCCUGAUGAUUUCCUAAUGAAAUUAGUUUAUGAUAAUAUACACCAGUUGUGUUGUUCUUCUUUUAUUAUCUGUUGCUGAUGGCUAUCAGAAUGUCCAGCUGGCAUAGGUAUUUUGAGUAUCGUCAACAGCAGUUUUAAGAGCUGAUUUGGUGUGAGGUUUCACAAUUAGCUCUCACUGUGUCAGGUUGGGGGUGUGUAUAGCAGUAAGGUCAGCAGUAUGGUGCGCUGAGUAUUAGACAGCAGGGAGGAUUACAGAGGGCGCUGGGUCCUAAUGAAUGUCAUUUUCAGGGUGUACAGUUCAGUUGUUGCACUAUAAAUCAAGUCGCUUGCUUUAUUUUUUAUGGGUGGAAAUGGCUACACUGUUUUACUAAUCCUAUUCUUCUGAAGUGAUGGGGAAUAUUAUGUUUACUUUGUGCUUCCUUGAGGAAAAUCUGGUUUGGGGUGGCAGCAAGUUGUGUUGUUCAAGUGUGUCCAUAUAUGACCACAUAAAUGUAAUCCAUGUCUGUCUUAAUGAAUCCAAAUGACACCAGUUGACUGUGCAUGAACAACAAUAAAGACUCCUGCAAUCCCACCCUGA